ACCGCCCCUCGGGGUGGCGCUCGCUGGUGACAUCGUGGGUGUGAUGGCCGCCGCGAGGCCGGGAAGGUGAAGAAAAAGAAAGGGCUCAGAUUUCCUCCUUCCUGUCUCCAAAGAGGGGCAGUGAGGCAGCCUCCUGUAGUUGAAAAACACUGAGUUUUGGAGUCGGAGGACUGAUACAGUAUCUCAGUUCCCCGCUUUGCCACUGUACUAGAAGUCUGUAAAUCCUCCAGGGAGGCGGGGCAGGUGGAGCCAACACCAUCUACAGCCAAUCUGUAUGUGAGACGGCACAGAGGAGAACUCAAAUUCUUUGUAUUUUUUGACUCCGCGAUGGUCAUGAUGCCCACCCUGUGAAAGCCUCUUACCACCCAAAAACUUCUCCUCUGUUCCAGUUGUGCCAACAGACGGUCCGUGGAUGCAUUUUAUUUUCCCUGCUAGGAGUUGCUGUACAUAAAACUGGCGCAAUGUCCCUGCUCUUCUCUCGAUGCAACCCCAUCGUCACGGUCAAGAAGGAUAAGAGACACAUGGCUGAGGUGAAUGCGUCCCCUCUCAAGCACUUCGUCACUGCGAAGAAGAAGAUCAAUGGCAUCUUCGAGCAGCUGGGGGCCUACAUCCAGGAGAGCGCUGCCUUCCUCGAAGACACCUACAGGAAUGCAGAGCUGGACCCUGUCACAACGGAAGAGCAGGUUCUGGAUGUCAAAGGUUACCUGUCCAAAGUGAGGGGCAUCAGCGAGGUGCUGGCCCGGCGGCACAUGAAGGUGGCCUUUUUCGGCCGGACGAGCAACGGCAAGAGUACGGUGAUCAAUGCCAUGCUAUGGGACAAGGUUCUGCCCUCUGGGAUUGGCCACACCACCAACUGCUUCCUGCGAGUGGGGGGCACCGAUGGCCACGAGGCCUUCCUGCUCACCGAGGGCUCGGAGGAGAAGAGGAGUGUCAAGACUGUGAACCAGCUGGCGCAUGCGCUGCAUCAGGACGAGCAGCUGCAUGCUGGCAGCCUGGUGAGCGUGAUGUGGCCCAACUCCAAAUGCCCGCUGCUGAAGGAUGACCUGGUGCUGAUGGACAGCCCUGGGAUUGAUGUCACCACAGAGCUGGACAGCUGGAUUGAUAAGUUCUGCCUGGACGCUGAUGUUUUUGUGCUGGUAGCCAACUCGGAGUCCACCCUGAUGCAGACGGAGAAGCAGUUCUUCCACAAGGUGAGCGAGCGGCUCUCCCGCCCAAACAUCUUCAUCCUGAACAACCGGUGGGAUGCAUCCGCGUCGGAGCCCGAGUACAUGGAGGAGGUGCGGCGGCAACACAUGGAGCGCUGCACCAGCUUCCUGGUGGAUGAGCUGGGUGUGGUGGACCGAGCCCAGGCUGGAGACCGAAUCUUCUUUGUGUCUGCCAAGGAGGUGCUCAACGCCAGGAUCCAGAAAGCCCAGGGCAUGCCAGAAGGAGGGGGCGCUCUUGCGGAGGGCUUUCAAGUGAGGAUGUUUGAGUUUCAGAAUUUCGAGAGGAGAUUUGAGGAGUGCAUCUCCCAGUCUGCAGUGAAGACCAAGUUUGAGCAGCACACCGUCCGUGCCAAGCAGAUCGCGGAGGCCGUGCGCCUCAUCAUGGACUCGCUGCACAUCGCAGCACAGGAGCAGCGGGUUUACUGCCAGGAGAUGCGUGAAGAGCGGCAAGACCGGCUGCGGUUCAUUGACAAACAGCUGGAGCUCCUGGCUCAAGACUACAAACUUCGCAUUAAGCAGAUUACGGAGGAAGUGGAGAGGCAGGUGUCCACCGCGAUGGCCGAGGAGAUCAGGCGCCUCUCAGUGCUGGUGGACGAGUACCAGAUGGAUUUCCACCCCUCUCCAGUUGUCCUUAAGGUCUAUAAGAAUGAACUGCACCGCCAUAUAGAGGAAGGGCUGGGCCGAAACAUGUCAGACCGCUGCUCCACAGCCAUCACCAGCUCCCUGCAGACCAUGCAGCAGGACAUGAUCGAUGGCCUGAAGCCCCUCCUCCCAGUGUCCGUGCGGAACCAGGUGGACGUGCUGGUCCCUCGCCAGUGCUUCUCCCUCAGCUAUGACCUCAACUGUGACAAGCUCUGUGCCGACUUUCAGGAGGACAUUGACUUCCAUUUCUCACUUGGGUGGACCAUGCUGGUGAAUAGGUUUCUAGGCCCAAAGAACAGCCGCCGGGCCCUGAUGGGCUACAAUGACCAGGUGCAGCGUCCUGUCCCACUGACACCUGCCAACCCCAGCAUGCCGCCGCUGCCACAAGGCUCGCUCACCCAGGAGGAGCUCAUGGUCUCCAUGGUUACCGGCCUGGCCUCUUUGACAUCCAGGACCUCCAUGGGCAUCCUGGUGGUUGGCGGCGUGGUAUGGAAGGCGGUGGGCUGGCGGCUCAUCGCGCUCUCCUUCGGGCUCUAUGGCCUCCUGUACGUCUAUGAGCGCCUGACCUGGACCACCAAGGCCAAGGAGAGGGCCUUCAAGCGGCAGUUUGUGGAGUACGCCAGCGAGAAGCUGCAGCUCAUCAUCAGCUACACGGGUUCCAACUGCAGCCACCAAGUCCAGCAGGAGCUGUCUGGGACCUUUGCUCACCUCUGCCAGCAAGUGGACGUCACCCGGGAGAACCUGGAGCAGGAAAUUGCCACCAUGAAUAAGAAAAUUGAGAUCCUUGAUUCCCUUCAGAGCAAAGCAAAACUGCUCAGGAAUAAGGCUGGUUGGCUGGACAGCGAGCUCAACAUGUUCACGCACCAGUACCUGCAGCCCAGCAGAUAGUGGACCGCGGGUAGGCUUGUGUGGAGGAGGGCAGUACUACCUGCCUUCGGUGACGUGUGGCCCCCAGGACCUUGGCUCCAGCCCCUGGCCACCACCUCAAGAAUGAAAGCACCUCCUGUCUCGUGCCGUUCAAGCCCUUCAGCACUAGUUUCCCCUCCCCUCGCCUGCUCCUGCAGGGAGACCUGGCUGGGCCCCUAGAGAACGGGGAUGACCCGACCCAACGGCAUGGUACUGGGAGUCACGGCCAGGCCUUUCUCGGGGUCAGUGAUUGGAAGUCGACUGUCUGUCUUGGAGAAGUCCUGUGAGUCCGCCUCACAGCUCAACUGGUGGCAGCCUUCAGGGAUACCAGGCAGACACCCCACCUUCCUCCGGCCCUGUGCACUGUCCCUCUUGCACCCCAGCACACCUGUGGCAAGGCCACUUUGGCAGGGGCCAGGUUCCCUUCCCAGAAGUUUCUGAGAAUUCCAGAAAGGCCGAGUCUAGCCCAGGCCUCAAGUGGCCGUGAAGUCCUGUGUUGGCUGUUGAGAGCUGGUCUGGCCUAGGUGGUUAAAGGAUGUAGAAGAAGGAUGGCGGAAGGUGGGGUGCUAGCCCUGCUCAGGAUGGCUGGAGAGAGUGGUUGGCAUGAACAGGGCCCCCGUUCCCUUGCCCGGUAAGGGGCACACGGGCCUGAGAGCCCCGCCCCACUGACUUGAUCACGUCCCCAUCUUGCCCAAGCCACCUUUGGUCCCCAGGCCUCCAGACUGUUUCCAGUGAUCACCGUGGCCACAGUCAUGGUGGGAAGCCUGACCCCUUCAUCCUGCUCUCCUGACCCCAGAGCCUCCAUCACACCUGGCCUCAUGUGGAUGAGAACUGCUUCCUGUUUUGGGGAUUGGUACUGGUCAGUGGGGAAAGUUCCCGUCACUGUAGUGCUAACCAGAAAAAAGCAGGGCCUGGGCAGAAUGUUCUAGAAAGAAGCCACUAUGUCCCGGCAGGAAGGCCCAGGGCAGGACUCAGCAGAGGGGAGCUGGUCCUGCCGGGUUUUAAUCCAGCUGGCACCUGUGUGGGGAAGCGAGGUGGUGCGUGGCCACACGAGGCUGUGUUCAGUGCACGCUUGUCUCUCAGACCUCCAGGCUCCCCGGCCUGGGACAGCAGUUGGCUGGGCCAGGGAUGCCACAUAGCAGUAGGACAGAUGGGGGCCACCUCACAGUGUGUCAGGAACAAUCAGUGUCACCCAAGCCCAGUGAAUUUCUGUGUUUUGGAAAAAAAGAAUAAAAGUGAAUUCUUUUC